UAUCUCCUUUAUUCUUCCCAAUCUUUACAAAAUAAAAUGGCUAAACGUACAAAGAAAGUCGGAAUCACAGGUAAAUACGGUACUCGUUAUGGUGCUUCUCUUCGUAAACAAGUAAAGAAGAUGGAAAUUACCCAACACUCAAAGUAUACAUGUACAUUCUGUGGCAAGGAUGCUGUGAAGCGUACUGCUGUGGGUAUCUGGAAAUGCAAGGGUUGUAGCAAGACCAUGGCUGGUGGUGCAUAUACUGUUUCUACUACUGCUGCUGCUACUGUCCGUUCUACUGUCCGUCGUCUUCGUGAAAUGGCCGAAAUCUAAAAUAUAGAUACUUUUCUUUUUUUUUUGACAACUCCCUCCCUUAAAAAAACCAUUUGCACAUAUAUUCGAUACUUUUCCCCCUUGCUUCCUUAUUAUAUAUCUUGACCUUUUUUUUUAUCUUAUUUUUUUAGAAAUAUACAAUAAAGAAAUAAAAUCUUCUUGUAUGUAUCAUUAUUCACACAUACACAGCCUUA